GCCACACAGAACUGAAUGCUUCUUGAUGAAAAAGGAAUUGCCAUUUCCUGCAGCAUCAUGGGGUGGAUGGGAGCAUUCACUCUGACAUGCCUACUAUAUGUGUUGUGCAUGUCAAAAAUGACCAGUGGUCAGACAGAAGAACAGUACUGCCUUCUGAACAUCGAGUCUGGUUGCAAAAUGGGACGGCCUCCCAUCUACAUGGUGGUUGCACGUCGUGUGCGUGCUGGUCAGGUUGUCCAGGUCUUUUCCACAAUUUUGCGCAUGGAAUAUGGUAGAGAAAGAAGAAUAAAUGUCCGAGUUUCAAUCACUGAAGGCACAACAGAACUGGCUUCCACAGAAGUUCUGUUUGAUCGACCUUCCAGCAGGCUCAUGCAGCUCAUGAUGCCAGAGAACACACCUUUUGGAAAUUACAAACUGCGCAUUGAAGGUACCCUUGAACAGAGUACCUUUGGUAACAUAUUCUAUAAUGAGACAGACAUAGAGUUCACAACAAAACAGGCAUCUUUGUUCAUUCAGAUGAGCCAGCCGAUCUACAGGCAAGGGCAAAAAGUUCACUUUCGUGUCAUCCCAGUCAUGCCAGACCUCAUGCCAAAAUAUGGUUCCAUGACUAUAUUUGUUGAGGAUCCCAAUGGGUUUCCAGUUCGAAGAUGGCUUUUAGUUCAGACCAAUGCAGGAGGUAUUGUGAGUGAGAGUUUUCAGCUGGCAGAUCAACCCAAGUAUGGGACUUGGACUCUAAGAGUACACUUUUUUGGUCAUGAUUAUCGACGUGAAUUUCAAGUGGAAGAAUUUUGGGAGCCACGGUUUGAUGUGAAUGUUACGGCACCUGCAUAUGUCAUUGAAAAUUCAACUGACUACAUCUCUGGAAGAGUGCUUGCAAAUCACACCAGUGGUCGUCCAUGCAAAGGAAAUGCGACACUCACAGCUUUCUUCCUGCCUAGAGAAGAGGUCUGGAACCAGACAGAGGGUUGGCUUAAAGACUAUAGGCAGAAGCAAAGAAUGGGAAGUAGAGCUGAUCCCCCAGAGUACUUUCCUGUCACCUCCAUCAAUCCAAAGGACUACCAUCUCUUUUUUGAGUAUGACUAUCAUUUUGUUGAAUAUUAUGAAGGCUACAUAGACUUUCAGUGGAGCUUUGAUGAAAUCCGUCAGCUGGGGCAACGUGCUGGUGAACAUUACAGUAUCGUAGGCAGCACAAUCAUGUUCUUUGCCAAUGUGUCAGACUGGUACACCUCCUUCAACCGCACAGGUUGGGCUGCAACAACUAUUUAUGACUCCAGAAUCAAGCUGCAGUUAAUCGGAGACAGUGUGCGGUCAUUCAAGCCUCAAUCAAUACUGCCAAUACACGUGGCUGUGAUGCACUAUGAUGGGACUCCUGUUGUCGACACAAAACCAGUGAUGUUUGAGGUAUCCAUGGCUGGUGUAGGAGCUGCAUCAGUGCCAUCUCCACCUGUUAGUGUCAUACCAUUCAAUGGCAUUGCUGAAUAUGAACUUAUUCCUGGCCCAAACAUUGACCGCAUCAGAGUUAGGGCAUCAUAUUACAAUGGUGACCCAAAUGAUCGCCAUACCAUGAACACUUACUCUGGUGGACAAUAUGGCAACGACAGGCUGACAAUUGUGGAAAUGCGAGCCAACCGUUACUAUUCUCCAUCAAAGAAUUAUGUCUCCAUCCGAACUUCCACUGAGCACCCAAGAGUGAAUGAAUAUAUGAUCUUCCAUAUUACACUCAGUCACUUUAUGCCCAGAGUAUUCUAUCAGGUAGUUGCUCAGGGAAAUAUCAUCAUUGGUGAUGAACUGGAAAUGACAUCUAAGCAGAAGACCUUUGCUGUUGCUUUGUCUCGGGACAUGGUACCAACAGCUCGCAUUAUAGUCUAUUACAUCCAACAACCUGAAGAGAUUGUAUCAGAUGUGCUGAAUUUCUUUGUCAAUGGCACAAGACAAAAUCAGGUUACUCUGGGAAUUAACCGAGGCAAGGACUUCACAAGAAAAACAAUUGAGUUCAAUGCAGAAGCAGAUCCAGGAUCAUACGUGGCAUUCAGUGGCAUACAGUAUGACCUAUACAAUCGUGGGCUAGAUGAUGGUAUUGCAGAAAACAAGCUGAUUGAUGAACUGGAAACUUAUGAUAAAGCUGCAAGAGGUAGUUAUCGUCAUCUGUGGCGGAUGAGCAACACAGAAUAUGAGUACAAAUUUUUCCCAGGAGGUGAUUAUGGCAUUGACCCAAACACCAGUUUUAACAAUGCCGGUCUUGUAAUGUUGACUGAUGCACACCUUGCAAGAAUUCCAAGUGAAGAAGUAAACCUGUGCCCUGAGGGACAAUUUCGGUGCAUGAGCGACACCAACUCUGAGAGCUGCUAUGAAGCAGUGCAUCAGUGCAAUGGUUUAUUUGAUGUGUGUGAAGAUGGUUCUGAUGAGUUUGGAUGUGACUACCAUAACAACACUAUGAUGCCCAUACAACCUCUCCAUUACAACAGUCGAGUAAUGCGUCAUUUUGAAAACAGCUCCUGGGCCUGGCAAGAAAUCUUUGUCAAGCCUGAUGGUCGGGUGGACUUUAGAAUGGGUGUGCCUCCUUACCCACUAAUGUGGAUGAUUAAUGGCCUAUCAUUGAGUCGUAAUAUUGGAUUGGGAAUCAUGCAACGCCCAGUGGCAUUUGAUGCAACAAGAUACAUGUACAUCAUGGUGGAACACCCUAACGUAAUUGUAAGAGGAGAACAAAUAGGCAUUCGAGUGACAGUCUUCAACUACUGGUAUGAUGAUGAUUACAUGGAGGUAUUAAUAACAAUGCAUGGAGGCGACAAUUAUGAAUUUGUGAUAGUAGAAGACAUGGGAUUUGUCUUCUCCUACAGCCCUAGGACACAUAAGGGAGAUCACCAGACAAUUGUGUUUCUUGAACCUGGAGAAGUUAAAGACAUUUAUUUGCCCAUUAUCCCAGUCAAAGAGAUGAUGAGAGGGGAACUGAAUUUUCAUGUUAGUGCCACAAGUUUUCUUACGAGAGAUGAAUAUCAUGGCACCAUUAACGUCAUUCCAGAUGGUGUGAUGAAUUACUAUCACACCCCAUACUUGGUGGAUUUGAUACGUUAUGCCUCUAUAUAUGUUCCGGACUUUGAAGUGCCAGUCCCAGAAUACUUUGUAAUGGUUGGAAAUAACCGGUGGAAUUAUUAUGUACCUGGAUCAGGAAAGGCCUGUGUGUCUACUUUUGGCGAUGUGGUGACACCAGGCUUCUUUGAGGAUUACCUGAACGCGGAGAACAUUCUCUGGAGACCAUAUGGUGGUGGGGAAAUGAUCACAUUCAACUUUGCCUACAACUUAUUCACAUUACAAUUUAUGAAGACCAGCGAGCAGCUCACCAAUGAAAGACUGUUCAUUGCCUUGGAUGAAAUGAAUAUAGCUUUUCAGAGAAUGAUGAGUUACAUGAACCCAGAGGAAGGAUCUUUCAAGAUGUUCAGGGAUGAUGAUGUCUCCAGCUUAUGGCUGACAGCUUUUGUUGCCAAAACACUGCACUGGGCAAGGUUUGGUGAGUGGGAGAGGCAGCUUUUCAUUCCAGUGGAGCUUCUUAACAAGAUAACAUUAUACAUCUGCUCUCGCCAAAACUGGACCACAGGUGCUUUCAUACCUGAUGAUCAUCCAGCAUAUGAUUACAAAAUGUCCUCUUUCAAGCAAGCUCAUGAAGGACGCAAAUUGACAGAUCCCAUACCACUCACAGCUUAUGUAUUGAUUGCUUUGUACAAGCUGGAAGCAGUAUCAGGGGAAGCAGCACACUGUCGAGAUAAUGCCAAGCAGUUGGCCAUGGGCUAUCUGACCUCAGAGGUUGACAACAUAGCAGAUGAAGACGUGUUCCAGCUGGCUAUCGUAUCGUAUGCUUUGUCACAUGGACAGACAGGCAGAAUUAAAAGUACACGAAGGCUUUUUGCGCAGAUACGAAAUGAUUCUGAUGCCCUGUACUUCGCUGAACAGAAAGUCUGGGAGAAUCCAUCCAAAUUCUUAACUGGCAUCCGCUACCUCCUCCCUCGCCAGGAGCUUAUGAACGAUGCUUAUUCUGUACAAGCGACAGCCUAUGCUCUUCUAUCCUACAUCAAGCAGGAGGACCCUGACGACAUCACUAAAUCCCUUAUGCGCUGGCUAAAUACCAUGAGAAACACAUUUGGUGGAUUUUCUUCCACACAGGAUACCAUUUUGGCCAUAGAAGCCCUCUACGAGUUUGCUAUACAAGACCGCAACCGCAACAUCUUCAACCUUGACUUCAACAUCACCUCCUCUGCUAACCCUGGCUGGAACCCCAUCAUUGAUAUCAAAAAAAGUCUUUACAGCAAACUUUCCUUUGACUGCAUUCCAACUGUGUGGGGUGCCAUUACUUCCUCAGUACGAGGCACAGGGCGUGCAUUACUUCAGCUAACAACAACUGUCAAUGUGGAGUAUGACUGGUUGAUCAAAAAGCCACAGAAAGUGAACAUGGCUGACAACAGUGAGAAUGCUGAAAGGAUAAAGUUCUUUGAUCUGGAUAUUGAUGACCUACAAUGGCAUGGGCGCAACUUUUCUGUUAUGGAAAUGUGGCCAUGCACAAGAUGGGUGUAUACAGAUCGUGGUUUGACAACAGGACUUUCCGUACUGGAAAUUGAUCUUCCUACUGGCUUUAUUGUUAUGAAUGACACAUUGAGAGACUAUGUACGAUCACGGGUGGUGCCCAAUCUAAAGAGAGCAGAGUUUUAUGGACGCAAAGUUGUUUUCUACUUUACCUAUUUGGAUACCAGCAAAACAUGUGUACACUUCAGAGCUGAUCGUUGGUAUCCAACAGCCAACGUUACUAUACAGUACCGCAUGAGGGUCUAUGACUAUUAUGAACCUGGAAUGCACAACACAACUGUGUACACCUUAUUCAACCUGUUUCAACAAAACAUCUGCUACAGCUGUGGAUCCUAUCAAUGUCCCUACUGUCCCUAUUUUAAUGUUGCUGCAGCAAUCAAGGCUACGGUCACUCUGUUUUGCCUUAUUUUGGGAUUUGUUGUAAAGCGAUUCUUGCUUCAUUCCUGAGAUUUUAAUCUUUUUACUCCAAUUCCAGUUUAUCACCAUGUCUGUAACUGAUAUCAAGAAAAAAAUGUGGAUAUAUUGAAAGCUUUUGCUGGUUCUUUGUUUUGCAUUUGUUGAAUUUGUUUUUGAUAGAAGCAUUUGCCAUCGCCAAAUGCUCUGUUUGCAAGACCUCAGUGAAUUUAGACUGAUGAUCAAAUGUAAUGUGGAAAUAAUGGAUGUGGAAGACUGUUACACUGUAAAAAAAUGUUUAUUCAUGUUUGGGAACAGAAGCAUUGGCAAGUUUCAAAAUAUCUGUUUAUGUGAGGGCCUUCAUAAAUGAUGUUGCCAUGCGAGCUAUUUGUCACUUGGUUAUACGCUUAACAGAGUGUGGCAAGAAGAAAUGCAUCAGUUAAUCCCAUUGUAAAUAACAUAAAAAUCACACAGAUGUAACACAGUAUUAAUGAAGAAUUGUUAGUUCUGGGUUAUGAAGCAUCUGUUUCUUGUUCCUCCUGGUCAUACUCUUCCCAAGCAGUUCACUUGGUCUUAUAUCUUAUCACCCCAAAUUAAGUUCGCUUCAAUUGUAAAUUCAAACCAUAGAAUUUAUCCAUUUAUAUUUUAUCACAAACGGUUUUUAUCAUGAUUUAAAAAAAUAUAAGCCUAUUCUGGUUGUUUUAAUAUCUAUCUGAGACAAGCUCUUUUGAAUUCAUUGUUCUCUGUGCAGGUGGUUAUACUCCUUCAUUAGGUGCGACUAGCCAAGCAUUCUUUCUUUGCUGAUACUAAGAGUCAACUAUAUUAUGAAAUCCAUCAAAAUUUAUGUUAAAACUAUUCUUUUGUUAAAAUUGUUUAUGUUUGGUAACUAAAAAAAAGACCCUUUAGCAAAGGCAGAUUAUUAAGAAAUGCUUCAAAGUUUGUUUUAAACAAACGAGUAAAAAAUUUAGUCUCCUGGUUCUCUGAUGCUGAAAAGUAACUCCCCAUAUCCAGCAUCACAGAGUACACAGAACAAAAGUGGUUUUUUUUUAAAAUACCUUUGUAUAUUUCCAGAGAUGGGUUUUAACGCCUCUGAUAUUUCCUAAAUGCAUCAUACCAGACAUCUUAAGUGGACUUUUUGUCUUAUUUGUUGAUAUUCUUUGCUAGUGGAUACUAACAUAAAAAACAUACAUCAUGAAGUGCCACUGGGGAUUUCUUAUCUUGAGCACUUUCCGAAAGAUCUAUGCAUUGAAUGUGAAUGAAACUAAAAUACUAACACUGGCAGAUGUGGGUUUCAUUUAUAUAUAAUAUCUUUGCUACUUUUUUUAAGCAUAUAAAACUGUUGAAAUGGUUAAAUUUUAAUACCAUAUUUUGCAAAAAGAUUGUUGAAUAAAACUACACUUUAAAGGAUUACUAGGAUCCAUUGGACAUCUCCACAUCUGCUUAGUCAUACCACUGUUACAUUUGUAAAUCUGUACAUGAUCUGUUACUUUUAUAUAUAUAUGUGCAAAAAUGGACUAUGCUGAGCAUGUACUUUGUAGUUUAAAAUGUCUUAACACUUGGAAUAAAACUGAUUUUUUACAUUAAUUUUAUGCAUUGUGCUUUUUAACAAAAACUUGAUGAAACAGCGAAAUGCACAAAAGUAAGUCUCAACUAUACACAAUUCAGCAUACUUUUAAUUCAUAUCAAAAGGUACAAUUGAAAAUGAAAUAUAUACAUGCAAAUGAAUUACCAAAAUAUGAUACUUCUAAAAUGUUGCAUAACAUUUAUUCAAAUGAUCUGUACAUACUGAUAUGAAUGCAGAGUCUCUUU